AUGUUCCGUCUUGCUACCGACCGGAACUUAGCCUUCGCAAAAGAGAUGGAUAGUCUAGCAACUAAAGUUGAACGAACUGUGCGUGAUCUCACCUUGGCCGAACGAUAUGAAGCUAUUGGACCGAUGUAUCGCCUGAUCAUCCCUACGUUUGAAAAACUCGACAACUUCAAGUCAUCACACAAAAUCUGUAUAUAUACACUUUAUAAAGAAUCGGAUCGGCAUCGAAAAGUCAAUUUCAACAUGACAAGAUGGCUUCAGACACAUACUAGAACUCAAUCCCAUAUAACAUUCCUUGAUGAUCUCUAUGAACUUCCAGCAAAAGAUGAUUGA